AUGUCGGAAAUCGAGAAGGCACUACUGGAGCUAAAAGCCUUGAUGAAGUACCGAGCUGUCGAACUUGGGUAUGAGGAAGAAUUUCGCGGCCUUGGGUUGACUAGCAGGAAGAACCUGUGCCUCCACCCACUGCUCAAGCAAGAGAAAAGCAGCAGAGUCGUGGAUGCUAAAUGUCGACUCUUGACUGCCACAUUCGUGAGGGAAAAGAGAAAUCGAGGCGAAGAUCUUGAAGGCUGUGUUUAUCACGAUAACCUGGAUUUGCUCGAGCCGCGCAAUCUUAUCCCAAAUGGAAUCUGGACAUUGGACGACCUACUACGCUAUGGAGAGCAGCAUAAACAAUGCCCGUACUUUACUUCUAGGCGGAUGAUGCAGUAUAGCGAUGUUAUCAUAUACUCACAUCACUACCUCCUAGACCCAAAGAUCGCCGAGACUGUUUCCAGGUCCUUCUUGGUAGAUAGUAUUGUUGUCUUUGAUGAAGCUCACAACAUUGAUAACGUAUGCACCGAGUCGCUGAGCUGCGAUAUCACUGAUGAAGCUCUUGGGCGGGCCAGUCGAGGCACACAAAAGCUCAACCAAAGAGUCAAGGAGAUGAAGGAGACCAACCACGACAAGCUGAAGGCUGAGUACUAUAGGCUGGUCGAUAGCCUGCGUGAUACCAUUGACCCGAGCCAGGAAGAGGAGUGCCUAGUCAAUCCGGUCCUUCCCCAGCAUCUGUUGCGAGAACCUGUACCUGGCAACAUUAGAAAGGCAGAGCAUUUUACUCGCAUCAAAGCCCGUCAAGUCAUCUUAGAAUCGCCAGCGUCUUUCCUGGUUCAUCUCAAAGAGCACACCUUCAUUGAGCGAAAAGCUUUGCGAUUCUGCGCAGAACGCCUCGCCUCGUUGAUGAGGACUCUUGAGCCGACUGAUGAUGGCCUGGAAGACUUUCUAUCCCUCGGAGACAUUGCUAUGUUUGCGACCCUUGUGGCGACAUAUGACAAAGGAUUCAAUGUCAUUCUUGAACCUUUUGUCUCCAAUACAAUGGAGGUGUCGGACCCUGUCUUGCAUUUCGUCUGUCUUGAUGCUGCAAUAGCCAUCAAACCAGUAUUUGAGCGGUUUCGCACUGUCAUUAUCACCUCCGGAGAUCUCUCUCCUCUAGAGAUCUAUCCCAAGAUGUUGGAUUUUACUCCCGUUAUGGAGCGGUCUUAUACUAUCACCUGGUCAUCUCGACAAUCCUUCCUACCAAUGAUAGUCACCCGUGGGAGUGACCAAACCGCUAUAGCUACGAGUAUCCGGAUGCAGCAUGACCCUAGUGUCUUACGGAAUUAUGGUCGCCUUCUUGUUGACUUUGUCAAGGUUACCCCGGAUGGCUUGAUUGUCUUUUUCCCUUCAUCUCUCUACAUGGAGUCUACCAUUAGUGUGUGGCAGGGGAUGGGCAUACUCGAUGAGAUAUGGCGUUACAAGGUACUCUUAGUGGAAACGCCAACUGCACAAGAGACCUCGCUAGCUCUUGAAACUUACCGUACCGCUUGUUCAAAUGGGCGAGGCGCUGUUUUUCUAUGCCUGGCUCGUGGAAAGGUCCCUGAGGGAAUUGAUUUCAGUCGUCAAUAUGGGCGCUGUGUUCUCUGUAUCGGAGUACCCUUUCACACGGAAUCAAGGAUCAUGAAGGCUCGGCUAGAAUUCCUGCGUCAAACAUAUCGCAUUCGAGAGGACGACUUUCUAUCGUUCGACGCGAUGCGUCACGUAACACAGUGUCUUGGGCGUGUUAUAAGGGGCAAGGAUGACUACGGCGUUAUGGUUCUGGCUGACCGUCGAUUCGAGAGGAAAAGAAUGCAGCUCCCAAAGUGGAUCAGUCACGCUCUUCUUGAAGCAAAUAUCAAUCUCAGCACCGACAUGGCUGUGAGCAACGCCAAACAAUUUCUCAACGAGAUGGCUCAGCCACUUCCGGUCGACCAGGAUGGCGUCGGCACCUGGGGGCUUGAAGAUCUGCGAAGGCAUCAAGAGGAGGAACUGGCCAACCGACCAGGCGUACCACCACCUCACUCCGGUACUGAUCAACAGAGCUGA